GGCCGGCGCUGGGCUCUGAUGGCAGCGUCGAGAUGUUCGUGUCCAGAGUGGUGGAUUUCCAGCAGACCCGCUACGCCAGGUUCAUGAACCACCGCGUCCCGUCCAACCGGCGGUACCAGCCCACGGAGUACGAGCACGCGGCCAACUGCGCCACCCACGCAUUCUGGAUCCUGCCCAGCAUCCUCGGCAGCUCCAUCCUCUAUGUCCUCUCCGACGACCUCUGGGAAACCAUCUCGGCCUGGAUCUGGUUCGGCUUGUCCAGCCUCUUCAUUGUCUCCACCAUCUUUCACACCAUCUCCUGGAAGAAGAGGCACCUCAGGACGGUGGAGCACUGCUUGCACAUGUUCGACAGGAUGGUCAUCUACUUCUUCAUAGCGGCCUCCUACGCGCCCUGGCUGAACCUGCGUGAGCUGGGGCCUUGGGCGUCCCACAUGCGCUGGAUCAUCUGGAUCAUGGCCUCGGGUGGCACCGUCUACGUCUUCUUCUUCCAUGAGCGGUACAAGCUGGUGGAGCUGGUGUGCUACGUUAUCAUGGGAUUCUUCCCUGCCUUGGUCAUUCUGUCCAUGCCCAACAGAGACGGUCUCCUGGAGCUGGUGGCUGGCGGGCUCUUCUACUGCCUGGGCAUGGUCUUCUUCAAAAGCGAUGGCCGCAUCCCCUUCGCCCACGCCAUCUGGCACCUCUUCGUGGCCAUCGGAGCUGGUAUCCAUUACUAUGCCAUUUGGAGGUAUCUCUACCGGCCUGACGUGCUGGAGGACAAAACGUCCCGAAAGAGGCCUUAAAGACCACGGCUGUGCCAGCCGGCAUG